UUUCAAAGGGCAUGAAACGCUAUCAAGAUCAUCGGUUUCAAAGGACUGCUCUAGGAGGUAUUCAACAAAUGAUGUAUAUUCUAGUGCAGCUGAAAAUGGGGUGAAAAGAAGAGCAUCCAUUUCAUCUCUGAAUCCAAAAAAAAUUCGUGCGGGCUCAAAAUGUGGGGAUUCUGUUAAUGUCCAAAGGCAAUCUUUGAGUAAACUGGUGAGCAGCCAAGCCGGUUCUCAAUCUGUGCUUAAAUCCACAAGCUCUACAAUUCCCAAGAAUUAUCUAAUAAGAAAUGCUCGUAAACCUUCCCCUUUAGCAGAUAUAGGAAACGAAAAAAAACAAUCUCGUCUUACGUACAAAAUUUCUAAACUAAUAGACAAGAAGAAAUCUUUGCAGCCUUCCAACACGUAUAUGUUGGUAGAAAACCUGCCGAGUUGUAAUGAUAAAGAGCCAGAGAAACCGAGAAAUGGUUUAGAAAUCCCUAAUAAUGCAACUGACCAAGGGUAUCAAAGUGAAGAAACUCGAUCAAUUUCUCCUGGUAAAGCACCCGAUGCUACAGAUGCCGUUUUUUCUAAUGUUUCUCCAACAACUGAAGAUUCAUCUAAAACCUGUGAUCCGGUGAUCCAAAGUUCUGAAGGGAAUGAUGGCGCUUUUGUUCACGUUACCGGUAAUAAAGUUACAGAAGAGACAACUGCGAGUAAAAUUGAUAUUAAGAGUGAUCAUACUCUGUGCCACCAUUCUUCUCGAUGCCAUCAAUGCGUCCUUGGCAUGCUGUGGAAAAAUAGGAUCCGAAGAAACGAUGGCAUAUAUGUAGAUGCUGAUGAACGCUCAAGUUUGAGAAAUAAGUUGCGGUCCGUGUUCAAAGGUGAACUUUUCAAUACUGUGUAUCAAGCAUUAAUUUUAAAUUGGGAAGGUAAUGAACUGGAGUUUUUAAGAGUUUCAUCUGAAAGUCUUUUAAAUUCUCUUAACUAUGAUCAAACACAGCACCUGCCACUUAUGAUGCAACUAAUACAGUUGGAUUUGCUCAAGAAAUCUAAUUCAGUAUGUACUUAAUAUCUAAUCUUGGACACAACUUAAGAAAGAGUAUUUUAGAAACCCUUCCUGGCUUUACGUAUACUUUGGACUCUUAGAUUUCAUGCGAAGAUUGUAUACAAAUUAUUCAUUUUACAUAUUUAUUGAUUGGUUGAUUGUAUAAAUUUGUAAUUAUUUUAAGAUGUAUUUAAAUUUUCUUUCAAUAUGUAUGUGUGCUUUUCAGUAACACGAAACUCACAUUAUUCUGUAAACUAAUAAAAUCAUAAUUU